UCACUCAGUUAUUAAAGAGUCUCUUCAGAAUUUUCUUUUUGCAUAGAAUAAUUUUGUAUUUGUUUUUGCUUUUCCGGUUAUCUCAACAUGGAUGGUGGAUCAUCACACAGGGUGUAAGUAAUUUUUAUUUUAAAAAUAAGUAACAUAAAAAUUAAAUAGAAAUAGUACAUUGUUUGUCUGACUGGUUUACAGGCUUUGCAAGUUAUAGAAGUAUAUUAUUACGUUAGAUACUUAUUUUAUAAUAUAAGUUAGUAAUUUCAUUAUGUAUAGGUCAAAAAUAAUAGUCAUUGUACUGACAUAGACAUCUUAGAUACGAGAUUAAUAGUAAGCCUGACUUCGACACGUAUAUCAACGUCGCUGUCAACCUAUAUGCAUAAUUACACAGUGACAAGAUGAUAAUUAGUGGCGUGGAAGACGCAUCGUUCCGCGGAUCCUAAUUGAUGUACAUGCAAACGCAAUCAAUAUGACGUGGUAGCGGAUGUUGGUCGGCACACGGGGACGUGAGCCAUGUCCUCGCCUUUCGUGGAUAUAGCCACUUGGGCAAAACAAUAUUACACAUACACAUAUUGUCACUAGAGUAAUUUGGGUCUACUAAAUAAUCAAGUAGUAUGUUCUUCUUGUCUUGUUGGUAUAAUAGUGUACUGAACAUGUUCAUUUUUAAUUUAUACUAUUUUGUGUGUAGAAAAGGAUAUGUUUAUAUAGUUACAUCAGCCCAGGUGAGGAUUUUGAUUUCUCUAGUAGGUAUUUUAUAUACCUGUAUCAGUUGACAUAAUUUGUGGAGUAAAUAAAUAUUUAACACAAGUGUACCACUGAGUAAACAAAAGCAAGUUAACACUUUGGAAGGUAGAUUUUUGUGUUCUGGUCACAAAACAUAACAUUGCUUUUUAAGCGCCUAGAAUAAUGGUCUACAAUAAUUUACACUUCUAAAUGUACCUACGAAAGUUGAAUAACUUUAUUGGUACUAGAACUGGUUUCCUGUCGUUUAGUAAUGAAGCCCUCGGGUGUUUCGGUCCAGCAAUUUUUUAUCACUCAUAAGUGAAAUUAUCAUUGUUGUGCCCGAUAUAGGUAUCGGUCUCACUACCGCAGUGUAAGCAAUAUCGUCAUUGUUUUGAAAAAAUAUUAAAUCUAUGUAGAGCUUUCUAAUUUGCCGAAAAAAAAAUACCGUUUUAUGUUUCGCUGGCGAUAUCAAGUGUGCUGAUUUAAAGAUAGUGAAAUGUUCAGGACCAAACCUAGCUUUUCAAGUCAUUUUGUUUUAAAUGAUACGUCUCUCAUUUGACGUAGACGAGAGAUUUAUAUCGGGCAAAUUGUAAAGCUUUGCUUUUGUGCUCGAACCACGUAAUCCUGUUUUAAAUUUAUUAGGUUAGCCGACAAUAAAUUUGUAAAUUCUGUAGUCCGCUGACCCGGAAACGUCGCCUUAAUGAGAUUUUUAUUUUAAGGAUAUUCAAAAGAUCCCUAUAAUUUCAUGUACCAUUACGUAGAAUUAAUUAAAUUUGUUCUUUUUUCAUGUCACUCUCGGAUACUUGUCGACGGCCAUGAUCUGAACUCGUGCUUCUGAAGUAUACCGCAAUGCACUGGGCUUGUAAACGUGGUGAUGAAAAUUUAGUGAAAUUACUGGGUGGUGUGACCCGGCAAAUAGUCAACGAACGAUCGGUGAGUAAUAAUUACUUAACUAUAUAUGGAUAGUCAUGUAAAAAAUGCACAGACAUUUGUAAUAGAAGUAAGAUUUUAAAAAUAAUGUUAUAAUCUAACAAUCCGCUUAAAUUGGCUGUCAGUAUUUUCCUCGUUUUGGAUAAUAAGUAAAUAGGUUCAUCUUCUAACCUCAUUUCCCGAUUUUUACAACGAUUAAUCGAUGAAGACGGAAGAAAUAGCCUGUUGUAUUUGAAUGUAGCUAAUAAGGUGUGGUUCUUUAAAAAAGGUUUUCAAUCUUGCAAACAUAUUAUAUAACAGCUCAAUUGUCUGAUCUCUUUAUAUUUGGGUGGAUCUGUAAAAUAUUUUUUAUUUAUUUACCCUAAUGAUGUUUAGGAAAAAAAAAUCAUACCUGGUUUUUCAUAUUUUUGGUUAUCAAAUGCUUACAGCUGAAGCGGCGUUACGACUAAAUACAUAUUAUAUCAUUCAGGAAGCUAGUUGAAUGCUAUUGUGUAUUAGGCUAAGCUGAUGAUUACAGUGGGAGGAGUAUUCGAUUUAUUAAAUCUACGAAUAAAUAAAAAUGAGAAAUAUCUUGAACCAAACAUACAGCACUAGUCAGCUACAAAUAUUCGAUUCCAAUCAAGUUUGAAAUGACCGACUUAAUUAUGUGUUUACUUACAUCCGCGGUAAGAGUAAUUGCUAAUUUUACUGCUACCUAGAAGCUUUAAUGUCCAAUCAAAUUUACUCACUGCUACUUAUUUAGCCUUCUUUACUGUAUCGUUAAAAUGUCAUUACAAUCUUUUUCAUGUGCUGUUCGGCAUCGUCGGCAACGGAAGUAGAAUGGGGGAUACACACCUCUACACAUCGCGAUGCAGUUUCGCCACGAGAACGUGUACCGUCUAUUAGUAGAAGUAUAUGAUGCAGACCCAAACGUUCGUGACUGGUCGGGCAGGAAACCGAGACAGUACCUUGUCCACAUGGACACGUCGCUGUCCCCGGGAUCAUACAGAAAGGCCGAUACAUAUGACUUACGCCGGACUGUUACCUCUACUCCGGUCAUAAGAGUUACUCCGAACGCUAUUAAUGCACAAUCAAAAAAAGAAGGAUUUCUCCGCAUCGGUUCUCUCAACGUGAGAGUGAAGAAAACUACAGAAGCAUUUAGUAACUUCUUAGGCGUGGGGGCAACUAGAUCCUCAGCCUAUGUACCUAAGUCAGCUCGAGAAGAACGACGUUCGGACGAUAGUGACCAACUUAAGAGUUGGGGUUCUGCUGACAAUAUACAGGACGACAAGCUGAUGCCGCCUCCGAACAACAACAAAGUCCGGCGACGUGGUGCUAGCGGUCGACGUGGGAUAGGAGCAGCGCAUAGUCGUAGUACCCCUUCCACACCAGACCAACCUCGAGCCCAAAUGGGAGUUAGUGAAGAAGGAGACUCUGAUUCCGAUUCUGCUGCUGGUUUUCACGCAGCAUGGCGACAGCAACGAGCGUCGAACUGUACGUAACGUACAUUAUAAUAUAUGGGCUUACAAAACAGUGCUCGAGUUACCUGCCCGUUUUCUGAUUUUAAUCCUACAACCAGCAUCACAAAUACAAAUGUAAAUUAUCAUUUAAGACAAAAACUAUUUUAACAGUUUAAUGUAUUAUUUAGAGAUUGUUUAGCAUUAGGUACUUAUGUAUAUUUAUAAAUGUUGAGCAUAGGAAGUUGUGUAAACACUUUGGUCGAUAUUUGUGGUUGCUUUCAGAACAUAUAUCUUUUUCAAUAUUAGUCAUUUGGUAAGUUGUAGGUAGAUGGUUGUCUCCGGGAGUUUUAUAAAAUUGGAAAUAUUAUAGAUAUCGAAGUCCUUUUUUCGAAUUUUCAAAAUUGCCACUCGCACCGCCAUGAGCCAUCUUGGAAAAAACAGUUAUUACAAUUAAUGUAUACACAGUUUUUUUUACUGCAAAGUACAUUUCGAUGAGAAUUUUGGAAAAAAAAAUUGCAAAUAGCUUUUUUAUCGUGUACACCUUUAUGGAUCUUAUACUCAUGUAAUUGUGGUACACACUUUCGAAAUUUAGCUAUUUGCUAUUUCUGAUGAAUCUCACAUUUUGAGUUCGUCUGGGCACCAAUCGACACUUCGUUUCGUAGCUAACAUUGAAACGAAAUGGUGGAAAAAUUUCGGUCUCUAAUAUUUCAAGCGGUAACUCAAAACUUCAAUAUUUAAAAUGACUUUUUCGUUAGCAUGUCAGUUACGUUUAAAGGAACCAAAAUUGUCUUGUUCUUGUUGACUCAUCAAACCCCAUUCGGAUAACAAACAAGAUCUUUUGGGACGGCUUGUCCGGUAAAAUACAGGCUUAUAUUAAACAAUAUUAUAUGAUUUCAAAACUUUCACCGCUUUAGUCUAUUGGACAGCAUUGCAGUUUUUAUCGAGAAGUCAGUGUUCUGUCCUUUUCCAAACAUAGUUAAACAUUUUGAAAACUAAGAAAUUGGGUGAUUUACAUAAUGGUUUCGAAUGAAAGUCUGAAAAUAGGGUAUAAUUGUUGAUGUCCAAAAUAAUAGCCUUGUAAAACAGUAAGUAAGUGUGUACAGUAACGAAACAAUAAUCCUUAGAACCGAAGUUUGAGACAAAGUAGAUAUAGCGAUGGCUAUCAUGAAAAUGUAUGGAGAUUAAUUGUUUAAUUAUUCUCCAUAAUUAUAUUUAGCUACCAAUAGAUAAUACAUAAUAAUUAUACAUUCCGAUCAAAAAUCUUGACCCUCUUUUUUACCCGACAUUAAAAAAGGUAUUUGUAAAUUGUAGUUUUUAAAAUAUUUCUGCCUUUAGGACUCUGUGCCCUUGUACGAGUUUGCUUUACGCUUAAAGUAAUCGAAACGAGAGCGCGUUCGGCGCUCUGAUUGGUUGGUUCAUUCGCAUCGGCCAAUCAGAGCGUCGUACUAAGGGUUACUGAUUGUUCUUAUUGCUACCUUCUGACAUUUGCUUCAGUGGAUUACUGUUCUUUUUAUUCUGUGUGUACUACUUUUCUUUAUUGUGUGAAGAUUUUAAAAAGGUUUUGUAACACAUUAUGUCUCUUAUUCUACGUAGUUAUUAUAUAUUUAAUUUUAUCUGAUUUGUUAAUGUUUACCAAGGUAAAUCAAAGUGAAUUCCCAUUUUAUGAAUCCCUUUAGAAAUAUGUACAUUGGAUCCUAGGUAAAUCUUAAUCAAGAUGAAUUGUAGCUAUGUGAUAAUUGUGAAAGUUUACUAUCAGUAUUGCUUUGAAAUUUUAUUAUUCACGAUGAUAAUGCCUUUAUACAAAGGUUGGUUAUGUAAUCAAUUGUUUCAUUUCUUAUAAUAUUAAGUUUUUCGAUAUAUGUAAGUAUAUUUAUAUAUAUUGUUCUAAUGAAUUAGUGCUAACUCUUUAAAUAUGUAGACCACAAUUAUACAUUACUAUUACAAUAAAAUACAACAAUUUUA